UUCAUCUAUUAUUCAGUCUACAACUUUCAUUGGCACGGAACAGUUCAAAAUUUGUAUAGCUACAUUUUAAUUCCUUUUUUAUUUUGGAAAUUUUUAACAAAAUUUUUUUCGUUACUUUUCUAAAAUUGGAUAUAGUGUAAAUAUGUCGCCGCGCUCGGUAUUUGCCUUAGGAAAAUUUUCGAGCCUUUGUGUCCGUAGUACUAAGCACUUCUUCCAACCAAUAGCCUGUGUUCGUUUCAAUCAUUUGGCUGGGUUUCUGCAACAGCAAAGAGUCCUGCGAAGAUUGGACUCUUCCAAAGACGUUCCCGAUGUUCACCAAAAUCUACCAAGAAUUCUGAAAGAAUUCAUUUACCCAGAUGGACCUCACCACAUAAAAACCAUACCCGAAAAUGCCCCAAAGAAAAAUCCCCAAACACAGGAACAGUUCAUCAAAGAUCUGGAGGUCCAGAAGAUAACCUGCAAGGGAAAGUGUGGAGGUGGCGACGAUAUGAAGAAAAAAUGCGCCGAAAUGGAAAUGAAAAAGAAAUGCGCCAGUUUAAAAAAGAAAAAGGGAAACAAAUGUGGGAAAAAAGGUGGUGAAAAGGAUAUGGAAAAGAAAUGUAAAGAAAUGGAAAUGAAGAAAAAAUGCAAAAAGAUGGCUGAAAAAGACAAAUGCAAAAAGAUGGCUAAAAAGGACAAAUGCAAAAAGGGCGAUAAAGACGCCAAACUAAAAAAGAAGUGCAAGGAGAUGGAGAUGAAGAAAAAAUGUAAGAAAAUGGCCAAAAAAGCGGAGGCAGAUAAGCAAAAGAAAAAAUGCAAGGAAUUGGCCAUGAAAGAAAAAUGCAAAAAGAUGAAUGAGAAAAACAAAUGCAAAGGUAAAGGCAAGAAGGGCAAAGGGAAGGCUGACCAGCUGAAGAAGAAAUGCAAGGCUAUGGAAAUGAAGAAGAAGUGCAAGAAACUUGCUGAUAAGGACAAAAACAAGAAGUGCUAAGAGACGCGGCAACCUUUUAAUAAAUUGUAUAAACGUAAAAAAAAAAAAAUUAAAAAAAAAUUGUAUAAUCUUA